AUGGCCUUUGCCUUCGGACUAUCGCCUGCAAUGGCGAGCGUGCUGGGCAAGGUUUACACGCCAGUGCUCGCUGUGGGAGAGCGGCUGAUUCUCAAGAAGCGCAGGAAGACGAUUGAGUGGUUUGCCGUGAUCAUCCUGACGCUGGGUACUUUCGCCUUCCUGUAUUUGCAGAUCUACGACUACGAGGAGGGCCUUGCUAAGGCGAUGUCCAACUCCGUCCCGCUCAUCCUCUGCAUUCUGGGUGCCUGCACAUCAGCGGUCCAGGCGUUGGUCUCGCAAGGCAUCUACGAAGCCAACCGCGAUGUUGACUUUUACAUGAACAAAAUUCGCAUCUUGGAGCAACUGACUUCUUCCUCCCACUACGGUGGGUAG